ACAGCUCUGAUCUCAUUGAUAACUAAUGAAUUAUUCUACCGAUUAAAAAAUACAAACAAGAAUGAAUAUCAGCAGCUCUGGUCUCAUUGAUGCAAAGCUUGAAGAACAUCAGUUAUGUGGAUCCAAACACUGUCCCGGAUGCGGUCAUCGACUUGAAGGAAAACCGGAUUGGAUGGGUCUACCAGCAGGAGUGAAAUUUGAUCCGACGAACCAAGAACUGAUCGAACAUCUUGAAGCCAAAGUUGAAGCCAAGAAGUUUAAAUCACACCUGUUGAUUGAUGAAUUCAUCCCUACGAUUGAAGGCGAAGACGGGAUUUGGUACGCGUCGAAACGGUUGGAUUCGAAACGAUACUGAUCGAAACAGUACGGCGGUUCCAUUCAAAACGGUACUGGUCGAAACGGUACGUGUCGAAACGGUACGCGUCGAAACGGUACGAAACUCGUCUCGUGCGGAAACUCGUGUCGGCCCAAAACCCGUUGCGAUCCGAAACCCGUCCCGUGCAGAAACCCGUGUCGGCACGAAACCUAACCUGAACCGACCCCGUUCCGAUCCAAAACCUGCGUCGUGCGGAAACCCGUCUUGGCCCGAAACUCAAUUUAACUAAACCUAUUCCGAUCCGAAACCUACCCCGUUUCUUUAAGACACUAACCCACAUCGACCCAUUUCUUUAAUGUUGUCGACCCGCUUUGACCCGAAAAUAACAAGAUGGAAUUUCAAGUGACCCAUUGUGACUCAUUUAGUUAAAAUAUCCUACCUAAACCAACCAAUAUAAUUUUAAAAGCAACCCAAACUGACUCACUUGAAAGACUUUGGGUCAAAAUUGCCCCCUCUACUCAUAUAUCCUUUGAUCAUUGAAGGCAUCAUUGUCUUGAUUUAGUCACCCUUAUGAUCAUUAUCUUAUAACAUAUGUCUUUGUGUUAGAUCACUUCCUUAUUCAUAGCCCCGUCAUCAGUCUCGAUACAAUUCCACGUCUUUAGAUCGCUUCCUUAUUCAUAGCCCCGUCUUCAGUCUCGAUACAAUUCCACGUCUUCUAAGUGUUGAUCAUACACCAUCAACCAGGGCCGGCUCAACCAUUUUAGAGGCCCAAAGCGAAGUAAGAAUUGAGGGCCCUUUGUCAACAAAGAAUUUGGUCCGAAAGUAGUACUUUCAAUUUCUAUUUAACGGAUGAGGAUCAAAUACAAAGGAUCCUAAUUGUAAGAA